AUGGCAACCUUACCAAUAGGUCUUUCACCUUUUAUCCCUCCUGUCUCAGAAAAGCUUCACCCUGAGCUAGCUUUACUAUUAUUUGUAAUCGGGUUCAUUCUUUUCUCAUGGCUUUUUGUGUACCAACUUACAACAUCAAAAUCUCAAAGAAGUUUGUUUAAAGAAAUCUGCAUAGCGAUUUGCAUAAGUGUUUUGUGGGGAUUUGCUGGACUGUUUGGGAUGCUAUCGGCUGGAGUAUACGUAUAA